UCACAACGUCAGGUGUACUGUGCGUGUCCAUUGUUUAUCAGUGCAUGUAUGCCAACAGCACAAGUGAUCACAGUUACCAACUAACAUCAUAUCACAUCCUCUAAAGUCAUUGCACGCUUCAUUCUUUCCCAGUAAUCCUUCACUUUGUAGUUCUCUUGUCAUUGUUGGGUUUCAUAUGUUACAUCCUCAAUCACAGACAAUUAAUAUUCUCCCUCCCUCCCUCCCUCCCUCUCCCUCUCCUCUUCCUGUGUGUAUAGCUCACUUCCCUUCAUCAGUUCUUGAAUUAUCAGAGGAUGAGAUUAAAGACUGGAUCAGCCCCCCUGACCUCAUCAUUGGCAAGACUGUCAUCAUAAGCAGUAGGAAAUUCUUUGUGUAUGAUUGUGAUCAAUUUACUCGUUAUUAUUAUAAAGAGAAAUUGAAUAUGGAACAACCACAGAGUAUCUCUGUAGAAAGACCUCCACCUCAACCAGUCAAACCGCCUCUGCCUCCAUACAACGGGUUUGGAUCACUUGAGGACAGCAAGCAGUCUUGCUUUUCUCUUAUACCACAGCCUCCAAAGAAGGACUUUAUUAAAAUGUUGGAGAAUGAUGGAAAGAUAUUGAGAUACUCAGCCACACUGAACUCAUCCAACCCUAUCGAUGAGAAUAGAAGGUUCAUUUUGUCUUUUUGGCUCUCAGACGAUUCCAUCAGCAUCUAUGAACCACCACAACGUAAUUCUGGUAUUCGAGGUGGACAGUUUCUAGAAAGGACUCGUGUAUCAAAGCCAAACUCCACAGCUGAAGAACCCAUUUAUUAUGCACCUAAGGACUUCCGAAUAGGAGAGACCAUAGAAGCAUUCAAACACCAGUUUGUGAUCACUGGAGCCGAUCAACUGGUACUGAAAUACAUGAAAGAAAGACCAGACGAAUUUCCUGAUGAAGUAGUUGCUAGUUUUGAGAGUUCAAGUGAUGAAAAGGAACUACAACCCUGAGAACAAGACCCAUUAUUGUACUAGUACAACAACUAAACACAAUAAACUACAACAUCACUUAUUUAACUAACACAGAGAGUGACUUUUAAUUAUAUAAUUAAUAAUACAGUAGUUCAUGAUUAGCUAACAGUAAUUGUA